AUGGAGGAGAAACUAUCCUCUGUGGCGAAGGCCUUUACUCCAUCACCCAUUCAAGAACUCUCACAUCUUGCUCAACGAUGCAACGCCAUCAACCUCGCCGAAGGCUUCCCGGACUUCCCUGCAUCUCCUCAUAUAAAAAACGCAGCCGUUUCCGCUAUUAAUUCUGACUUCAACCAGUACAGGCAUGUGCAAGGAAUAUGUGACCACUUAGCAAUGAUGGCGAAGAAAAUGCAUGGUUUAGACGUCGACCCUCUUACUGAUAUAGCUAUUUGCUGUGGCCAAACUGAGGCAUUUGCCGCAGCAGUGUUUGCAAUAAUAGAUCAAGGUGAUGAAGUUAUACUUUUUGACCCUUCAUAUGAGACAUACGAAGGAUGUAUUACCAUGGCCAGGGGAAUCCCAGUGUUUGUGGCGCUUGACCCUCCUCAUUGGACCUUAGAUCCAAACAAACUCAUGCAGUCUAUUACUGGGAGAACGAAAGCUAUUGUACUGAACAGUCCUCAGAAUCCAACAGGCAAAGUUUUCACUGAAGAUGAACUUGAAACUAUUGCUGAAGUAUGCUGCAGAAGGGACUGCUUAGCUAUUACAGAUGAAGUAUAUGAACAUAUAACAUUUGACAAUGAGAAACACAUAUCCCUUGCCUCAUUCACGGGAAUGCAAGAGCGGACUAUAAUUACAUCUUCCUUAUCUAAAACUUUUAGUGUUACAGGUUGGAGGGUUGGAUGGGCAAUUGCUCCGGCUGUCUUUGCCUCUGCAAUCAGAAACAUUCAUGUUAAAAUUACAGAUUCUGCUCCAGCACCUUUCCAGGAAGCUGCCUUGACUGCUUUGAGAAGCCCCCCGGAAUACUUUGAAUCAUUGAGAAGAGAUUAUGAAUUGAAAAGAGAUUACAUUGUCAAGCUCCUUGCUGGGGUUGGUUUUAAGAUUCAGUUUAAGCCUCAGGGUUCAUUCUUUUUAUUUGCAGAGAUUCCUGAAAGUUGCCCACUUUCUGAUGUAGAAUACGUUACAGAAUUGAUAAAGCAGGCAGGGGUGGUGGCUGUUCCAGGUCGUGGGUUUUUUCAUAAGAAGAAAUUUUCUCAGGAAGAUUGUAGCUAUCAGAAUAGAUACAUAAGGUUUGCUUUCUGUAAGAGUAAUGCCACUUUAGCUGCUGCUGCACAAAGACUUGGAGAGCUCUCGGAGGCUUCAGGGUGUCUCAAGUUUCAUUCUUUUGAUAGAAAGGAUGCUUGAUCCAACGUGAUGCUCCUGAUGGAGCACUAUGUCCAGAGACGGAACUCGGAACUUUGAUUUCGUCUUAAAUUAUGUAUAAAUUUUAAAGAAAAAUGUUAGAAAUGCUAGAAUUAUUUUACAAUGUUAAUGUGACAGU